UGCCUAGCCAUUGAAAAUGCUCAAAACCAUGGCAAAAUUAUUCUAAUGGUUGUACUGCCGAAACUAUGCUUAAUGAGACAUGUAACUUGCUUGAUAAAACUAUCUUAUAUAUGUAACAAUAUUGAAACAAUCUAAAGCAAAUUUCGCGUAAGAAUUCAAUUCGAAAGCAUAAACAACGUCGGAAUACGAGUCUGCCGUGUUAUUUAAUAAUUUAAGAGCAACAGUCAGUGCGUUCGCGGACAGGCAAAACAAAGAAACGCAAAUCCAACCAAUUGUAAGGGAAAUACAAUUUUUGAAGUGUGGUGUUUGCAUAAUUUACAUCAAAAAACUGAUAUUCCGGCAGACUCCGAACUGUCUAUUAUAGGGUCUUAUUCAGCUGUGGAAACCGAAAGCCAAACCGACUUUGAAAUACUGUGCAGUGAAGUGCCGAACCCUUCCGAUUGUCUGCGUGACUACGGCGCUGUGAAAUAGCACAUAUCCCCAUGAUAAUCAUGUAAAGAAAACGUCACACGAAUAUGUGCUUGUGCUGAGAGGCAGCGAUGUAAAUAAAAUUAAAGCUGAUCCCGAGGAAAAUCUGAUCGCAAUAUUACAAAAACUCGGACGUCGUAGUGUUACUUGCAAAACAAGAAAAUAUAGCGAUUCAGACGACGAAUUUCCAGCACGAAACGUAGAGAACUGAGCCUGGUGUCUGCGGAUCUUGCAAGCGCUCCGAUCCCAAUCGUCGAGGCGCUACGAUGCAUGCAUCCUCUGCGGCGGCCACCGCACUUGUGGAGUACUCAGACGUCAGCUCGGAGGACUUCUCGGACCCGGAGGCCGGCGACUUGGACGCAGAUGCCGGCAAGGGAGUCGGAAAUAUCAAAAAACCAAAGCCAGCUACGGAUAAUCAGUUUCCCAAAGGUCGACCCGGUGCCAAGGCCGAUAAGAAGGGUUAUGAUAACUACAGAAAUAGACGUACAAAAGACUCAACCGCUCCGGCUGCGGCCGUAUCUAGGCAAACGUCGAGCAGCGAGGCCACCAAUCCUCGGGAGGAUCCCUCGCAGGCAUCUAACACCUCGAAGGAGGAGCUGUGGGGUAGGGAUAUCUACAUGUCUAGCGACUCUAUCGACACCGACGAGCUCGAGGCGGAGAUGAAGCGGCAAAAGCGCAAGAAGCAAAAGAAGGACAAGCACAAACACAAGUCCAAGAAAAAGUCAAAGAAGCGCAAGAAGAAGCGGGCCAAGUCAUACUCUAGCAUCGAUUCGAUGUCUGACAACGACAUCAAUGCCUUACUGGAUCGGCGAUACACCCCGCCGACAGCUCCGAACAAAAGUAACGAUCGGACUGUCAGCGCAGCGCCGUCCACUUUCACCCCACAUAACCUCAAGGAAAGCAGUUCACCGGCCACCCCGCCGCCGGUGCGACGCCCCAAUACAGGUAGCACCUACUACGGUGAACCUUCCGUGGAUACGGCCAAUACUGCCCUAGGCAGCAACCUGCAGGUUACUGUGACGAACAAGAAGACCAACACCAGUCGACACCGUUCUCCUCCUCCUUCCACCCGCUCAAGUGGCAAUGGGCCGAGGUUUGGAAACUCUCCCCGUACUCCUCCGCCCUCGCACUACACUUCCUCCGGCGGUGGCGGGGGUAGUGGCCCAGUAUCGCGCGAUUCACGAAGCUCCCGCUAUGUAAAUAGUCCUCACAAGGAGGAUGUGAGUGGACAUCACCGGUCCAGCCACGAUCACGGCUAUCAGAGUCGUUACUCAGGUGCCGGUUCCAGCAGCCAUGAUGCCAGAAAAAUGAAGCGAUUGACACCUGAGCUGGACCGCUACAAUCACCCGCCAAGCACGCCGCCUCACAAGCGACGGAAGUAUAGCGAUGGCAGGGAUGUGAGCCUUGGAAACUUUGACCACAGUAGGCACCACUCGGGAAAGUACGAUAGCUACAGUAGAGAUCGAUAUUCUAGGCGGUCAUCAAGAAGCCCCAGUGUUCAGCACUCCCGAAGUCGACAAUCACCUGUCGGUGGCUUGUCGUCAAGUGGAGCUAGUUCCAAUGCGUUCCGGCAUAGUAGCAGUCACAAACACAAGUAUGGAACGACGGCUAGCUCUCCAACUCUCCAUACAGCGAGGUCAUCCAAGCGCGCUUCUGGAACUGGUACCUCUGGUGAUCGCUACUCAAGGUCGCCUAGAACGAGUUCACGAUACUUGGACGCCUCACCUCCGUCGCCAGUCGGAGCUUCCAGUUCGCAUCACCAUCACCACCGCCGGUCGCCAAGGAUGCGCCAGAGGACCAGAGGAGGCAGCCGACGCCGGUCGCCCAGUUCGAUCAGCAGCGGCAGCUCCGCUUCGCGCAGUAGAUCGCCCACGUCAAGAGAUCUUAAACACAAACGGGAAGAGUAUAUCAAAAAGAUCAGCGAGACGAGCCUUUUUGCUGAAUUGGUUAAGGACCGGCACAAAAGACAAAAGGCGCUAAAGGAAAUCAUCGAGCGGCAGGAGGAGAAUAGCAAUAGCAAUAGUAACAGCAACGGUGCACUGACCAUAAACGACAACAGUUCCUCUGUAGACGGCAAUACGCCAAUCACUGGUGAUUCUCGAUCUGGCCCUGGAAGUGGAACACCCGCAGUGGCGUCGACGACAUCCAAUGGGCUGGAAGUUCUGGGAAGCAAAUCAGAUCUGGACCUCAACAACAUUCCCAUGCCAAACAAGGAAAACGAGAUUCUGGUUCCGAAUCCAGGUGCUAACGCCGACGUUCCGGACAGUUCUACGCCUUUGAAGCAACCUUUGUUGGUUCCACCCACCUCGGCCAGUAAAAACAACGUCAAGCCAAAGAGUCUGACGUCCUUGCCGUUGCCACCUGGGAUGAAUGCCCUUGACCUGGUCAAUGCUAGAUCUCCUUCACCAGCUCAGAAAAAGGAACCUGAUGAAAAGAACGCAAAUUCUAGCGUCAGCGCUAACAAAAGCGUGCUUAAUCUUCCUAUGCCACCGGUAAUUCCAGGCAGCGAAGAACUAAGUGGUGACGAUGAUGUUAUCGACAGUCCCGAAGACUUCGAUGCUCCAACUGGUGGCAAUGUGCCUGGUCAAGUUGUUGGCCAAGGAACUACCCGUCGGCGCCCAGUAAUACUAAACCGUCGAGACUCGCGAAACAACGUCCGCGAUUGGGGGGAGCGCUGUGUCGAUGUUUUCGAAAUGAUUGCGCAAAUAGGCGAAGGAACUUACGGGCAGGUCUACAAGGCGCGGGAUCAUCAUACCAAUGAUAUGGUAGCUCUGAAAAAGGUUCGGCUCGAGCACGAAAAAGAGGGAUUUCCGAUCACAGCUGUUCGUGAAAUAAAAAUAUUGAGGCAAUUGAACCAUCGCAAUAUAGUCAACUUGCAUGAAAUUGUGACGGACAAGCAAGAUGCCGUGGAGUUUCGUAAAGACAAGGGGUCAUUUUACCUGGUAUUUGAGUAUAUGGAUCAUGACUUGAUGGGCCUGCUUGAAUCUGGAAUGGUCGACUUUAAUGAGGAGAACAACGCUAGCAUUAUGAAGCAGCUCUUAGAUGGUCUCAACUACUGCCACAAAAAGAAUUUUCUGCAUCGAGAUAUUAAGUGUUCGAACAUUUUAAUGAACAACAGAGGUAAGGUGAAACUUGCGGACUUUGGGCUGGCAAGACUGUACAAUGCGGACGAUCGGGAGCGUCCGUACACGAACAAAGUGAUUACAUUAUGGUAUCGACCACCGGAACUUUUGCUGGGAGAGGAGCGAUACGGUCCAUCGAUAGACGUGUGGUCCUGCGGCUGCAUCCUUGGGGAGCUUUUUGUUAAGCGCCCACUGUUUCAAGCCAAUGCGGAGAUGGCUCAGCUUGAAACGAUAUCAAAGAUCUGUGGGUCACCGGUUCCUGCCGUGUGGCCUAAUGUAAUUAAGUUGCCUCUGUUCCACACGCUCAAGCAAAAGAAGACGCAUCGCCGUCGCCUACGGGAAGACUUUGAGUUUAUGCCACCCAAUGCACUUGAUCUACUGGACAAAAUGUUGGACUUGGACCCGGACAAGCGCAUAACAGCCGAAGAUGCGCUCCGGUCACCGUGGCUGAAGAAAAUCAACCCCGACGAAAUGCCAACGCCACAGUUGCCUACAUGGCAGGACUGUCACGAGCUUUGGAGUAAGAAGCGCCGUCGGCAGAUGCGAGAACAACAGGAGUCUCUGCCGCCCACGGUGAUAGCCUCGACCAAAUACCAACAGCAUGGAGCUGCCAUGGUGGGGGAUGCUUAGCAUUUGCUGUUUGCUUCGCUUCUCAAUGUAAGAGAGAACUACAAGCAGCGUGAUGGCGAAGAGUGUUCCUGGUGGAACUAGCAACUAGCCGUAACUAGCAAUAACGUAACCAAUAAUGGGGCUCUGUUAUUCUUGUACAGGGCCAGAAUAGGUUGACAUGGACUUGCUCUAGCCGCUGUCGAAUUUAUGACAGCUUCAAUAAAGUCUUGGCUACAUUUAUAAAUUACUUUAUAUGUUGGGCAAAUUUAAUCAAUCGCUGUAUAAACGAAUUGUUAUAUAAAUAUUCGCAAAGAUACAUUUUUAAGAGAUCAUGGUUUUAUAUAUUCAAUUUAGUUUGCUAUGCUAUAGUAUUUUUAAUUUUGGAAUCUUAUAUUGGCAAUCGGAAGACAUCGUGCAUGAACAUGAAUGUACAGUUCGCUUAACGAAAUUGUAAACUAGUAACUCAGUACGUAUUCGUAUAAUCAAAGGCGAUUUGUAAGUGACCGUGUUUCAAAGCUACGAAAUAAACGUAUAUAGUGAAGCAGUUAAAGAUUAGCAUUUUAAUUAUAAAUAAAUUGUUAAAUAAUAAUAGAUUACAGAUAGUGUAUUGACUAGUUUAGUUUAUUUUUAAGUUUAGUUUAAGAAAUAUGUAAAUUAUAAAUGAAUUUAUCAAGUAAAUAUGUACUAAUUUACCCAUA